AAUUAAAACACUGAGAUAAAUUAUAUUUUGGUAUUUUUUUAAAAUAGAUUGUUCAAUAAUUUCCCUUCGUAGACCCAGCCUGGCUAGUACUUAACAGUUCUUGCCCCUUUUGACAGCACAGGCAUCCAGGUUACAACAACAACAAGAGUUCUUGUUGUCAAGGGAACAACAGCUAAAACUCCAGUGAAGCCGAACGAAGAAAAUACAAAGAAAACAAUGUCUAACGUCAACGUGUGCGAAAUUGAAGAUGAUGUCAAAGAAGCAUUGAAAAAAUUCCGAUUCAGAAAGGCAGAAACAAGCGCCGCCCUUAUCCUUAAGGUGGACAAACAGGCGCAGAAGAUCUGCAUCGAUGAAUUGGUCGAGGACACCAGCUUGGAUGAUUUGCAAGAAGUGUUACCCGGGCACCAGCCCAGAUACGUCGUUUACACUUGCCGUCUAGCCCAUCCGGACGGAAGAGUAUCAUUUCCGAUGUGCUUUAUAUAUGUCACACCAAGGGACUGCCAGACCGACUUGCAGAUAAUGUACGCUGGGACGAAAAUAGCCGUGCAAAGAGAGGCCAAUCUUCCUCUCGCUUAUGAGGUACGUGAGCUGGACGAGCUCACCGACGAAUGGCUUUACUCGAAGCUUUUAAAAUAGAUCGCAACAUAAAUCACAUACUGUAUUACCUUAACCAAUAACGUUACCUUUUUUUAAUAUACCGUCGUCGUUUGAUA